AUGGCAGGUUCGUCUGUAAUUCAAACAAGAGAAGGAGAAUGGACAUCAGCCAAAUACUGGGAUGUUCUUGGCUUAUACAUUCCAUAUAUUUUUACCAACGAUCCAGCAUUGUUAGCUGACUACAUUGCCAAUUUUGAGACGCGACCAGAUGAUGUUUUCGUAGUUUCAUAUCCUAGGUCAGGUUUGUGCAGUCUUUAUUAUAAUUUUACAAACUUCUCCUGCCACGACAAUUUGUGUUGUUCGAAUGACCUUUUCCAGAGCAUAAUUUUAAAUUUAAGUCAGGUUCACUCAUUUCCAUCCCUGACAACCAGGUUGACCGCUACUGAAUUGGAUGAAUGACUCAGUGUUUUAACCUGUGUCGGGAGUUAAAACUCAUUGUCUUCGGAACGUAUUUUAAGUAUUUUUGACCAUGCAACUUUAAAAAAUUAUAUCUCUGCUGUUAUUUACAGUUCCAUAUCAAGCUAUACCUCAUUGGAAACUUUCAGAAAAAAAAUAUAUUUCGGUCUUAGGGAACCCAUAAUAUUCUGCACACAAAAAAUAAACAAGGCAUAUUUCUAGAUAAUUAUUUGUAAAAAAAUUAAAGAGUGUAAUUUUGCCAGAAAAGUUGUAUAUUUUAUGUAAUACAGUACAACUAAUUUUUUUCUUCAAUAUCUAAGUAAAACAGCCCGAAUAUCGGUCGAAAAUAUAGAGCGACUAACAAUUUUCUACAAAUUUAUUUUGUGACCCUAUCGUAUUAUGCAAAUGAAGUCAGAGCUAAUUAGCAUAGCGAAACUAGAUACUUUAGCGUCACUUUGUGGCCCGAUAUUUACCUUCGAAUUGACUAUUUUCCAAUUCCCCAUAAUACACUCUGUCUGCCCCCCAAAUUUUGCAUAACUUAUUGUCUUAAAAUGCUCUUGGGAAAAUGCAAUACUUCCAGGAGCAUUUAAAAACAAUGGUUUAUGCAAAAUUUGGGGGGCAAACAGAGUGUAUCAUGGGGAAUUGGAAAAUAGAGAAUAGGAAGAUCGAAGGGCCUCUGCUCGCAGGGUAAGACCACAGGCGGCCCGAGUUAAUCAUUUUAAAUAGUCAUGUAGUUUCAUAUUGCGUAAUUUAAAAUUGCCGUGAAUAUACAGGAUUUGUAUGGGAGUUCAGGUAAAAGAUUCGAGUAGAUAGGUACUCGCUAAAAUGUUCAACAAAAUACAGCUUACCGUAUUUACUUUUCUUGUUUUUGCUUGCUGUGGUUAUUUUCCCGAUCCUCUGAGCUUGGGCCGCCUGUGCUAAGACCCGCAAAAAUAAGACUCGAACACUGCAAUAUUGCCCAACAACAUUAACUCCUGCUACCACGGUUCGAGGUCCGUAGUUCACUGAAGCCAAACAAAAACACGUAAUUAGUAAUUUUCCUUCAUCGUUCAGAUCGUUAAUCCAUGUAAAGCGAAACAAGCACACCGUACACUUAAUCUUUAAAUUCCAACUACGUCAGUUAAAGCAGCUAGUGAUUUCAACACUUGUCUAAAUCCACUGGCAACGACUUUGGGACUGCGGACAUUGCGAUUUUAAAAAACCGUAGCCGACUUGUUUUGCUAAACAUUGGCGAGACAGUGCUGUCGGCACAUUUGUUUCUUUAACAGUUUAAUGUAAGACCUUGUUUUGUUAUGAAAUAAUGCCCUUUCAACUAGUGGUCUAUUAUCAAUGCUGCGUUCUGAUUAUUUGAGCUACUACUAGGCUAUAUGUUAUAGCCUAUUAGUAGCGAAAAGCGUGCGCUUUUUGGCGGCAAAAAAGGAUUAAAGUCUAGCUUUAACUAGCUGAAAUGUUUUUUAUUCUCCAUAUUUCUGACCAACUAGUUGGAUUUUACUAAAAAAAUUAUUCCUCUCGCCCUCAUGGCCUCUGAGUCAAUAGCCCAUUCGGCCUUCGGCCUCAUGGGCUCUCAGAGCCCUUUCGGGCUCGAGGAAUAAUUGUUAAAUAUUUGGUUGUUAUAUAUGAUUGUUCUUCUUGUGACCUUUGCUUUCUGAUCCGUACGAACAAGUGCGUGAUGAGUGAAGCGAAAAUGUGACGUCAUUUGGCAUCAAACGCGACUGUAAUUGGUUAGAUCUCGAUAACGUGUCACACAAACUAGGUUCAAAGAACUUGCAAGGUGCGCUCCAUCCUCGGAGACCCAGGGGCAGUCAGUCGGGUCAAGGGAAAAGGCAGGACGAAAGUUUUCAAGCACGGACGAAAGAGCCCCUGGGUACUGACUCCCACCGAACUAUUUCAAAAAAUUGAAGCGGAUGCCGCCUCCUGAUUGAGCGCAAAAAAUGCUUUGUAUUAUUGUGCCCAAUAGGGGAACAGGUUUCUCCUGAGUUCUUUUCGUGGGUUCGUACACGACGGCUAUUGUCUCGCCACACUUUGCCCGUUCGUUCACCAAGCUUGUGCGUGCAAGGAAAACUUUUAUUUUCUACUUUCCUAACCAGAAACGAAGGAACUACCGAUGAGUCGAAAAAGCGUUUGGGAUGCCAUCAGCAGGAGCAAUUCAAUUUGCCCCGAGAAUCACAAUGUAUCGUAAAUAAUAGGAAGUUUAAGAUGCGGCGGCGACGAGAAAGUCAAAUUAGCAAUACCUUCACAUGGCAAAACAACAACUUUGCACGUGCAUCACGCUUUUUUGUACAUUUCUUUGCUGUCAAAUGCACGACGACCCGUGAAAAUGCCUAAUUUCACGUUUUGUUAAGGACGUAAAUAAGCAAUAACAAAAUUCUAUCCGCUUCAUGAACUUGGAUAUGGUUAAUUGAAAUUCAGCUGCAAAAGAGUUCGCUUGCAUUUGACAAAGUAAGCGAGUUGGAAUGAUCACGAUAGAGACUGAAAAAAUGUGAAUUCACUUUUCCAUGCGACGUUUCCGUGGCUGUCAGCCGUCGUGGUAUCUUUUAAAACCUUCCUAGUAUUUACGCAAGACGCGUGACCGAUGCAAGCGUGAAUACAUGUUGUAAGCUCAAGCUUGUAUUUUUGGAAAAGCGUCUUUAGUUUUCGGGCAGACAAUAUUUUGAAAUCAGAUGAGGGUUUUAUAUCAAACUGAAAGUUUCCUGACUGCUUUCAUUUCUUUGGUGCAUGAGCCAGACAAGCCGUGAUCGAGAUAGCCCUUCGUAUACGAACUCACGAAAAGAACUCAGGAGGAACUGUUUGCCGAUUGGGCAUAAUAUAAAUACAAAGUAGUUUUUGUGCCCUAUCAGGAGCCGGCAUUUGCUUGCAUUUUUGGAAAUAGUUCUGUGAGAGUCGGUACCCAGGAGCUCUUUUGCCCGUACUUGAAAACUUUCGUCCCGCCUUUUCUCCUGACCCGAAUGACUGCCCUUGGGUCCCCGAGAAUGGGUGCGCUCUAAAUUAAAACCCCGUUUUAAAAUAUUUUCUGUUUUAUUUUUUAAAAAGGGAUUUCCAUAUGGAUUACUGCAAGCGGAAAAUAUAAGAAGUGCUCGCUGCUUGCGAGUUGUACUCUCUAAAUUGCUCGCUGCUCGCAAAGCAAAUUUUUUAUCUCUGCUCGUGCUCGCAAAAAAAUCGCAGUGCUCGGCAUGCUCGCGAAUGCUCGCAAAGAAUGCUCGUAACCCCUAGAUGAAUAUUUAACCUCGGUGGUUAGAACUAAAGAAGGAGACAAGGCCUAGGCAGGAAGCAAUCAGCCGCCAGCGCGUGACCCAGUCCAAUUUAAGCUGGAACUGACGCCAAACUAUUUAAUUACUUACCUCGAAAAUACCGGCUCCCGAUCCACUAGAUAUGUAUCCAUGCCCCGUCCGCAUGAGAGCUCAGUCCUUCCAAAUUUCUCUAGGAAAGCGAUCCUGAAGUUGCAAGACCAGCUUUCUCAACAUGACCGGUGCAAAAAUCUCAACCAAAGGCAUUUGGGGUAUGCGCGUCGAUUCAAAUCCACCAAUCAGCGUAUCGCGACCGUUGGCAGUUCAAAACCACAAAACCCUGCCCCGCACAGGGAUGUUUGUUUGGUCGCGAUACGUUUGCACGCGCUAUCACACUUUUUUGCACAUUCCUUUGCCGUUCCUGCACGACUACGACGUGAAAAUAGUGAAUAAUUUUACGUUUUCUGGAGGACGCAAACAAGCGACGACAAAAUUUUCGUUCUCUUUCUAAACUUGAGUGUGGUCCCCAAGAAAUCAACUCCAGGGAGAUUUGCCUACAUAAGUCAUUUUCAGCGAAUUGGAAUAAAUGCGAUAAACUUUGAAAAAUGCUAAAAAAUUCAUUUUAAAGGUGACGAAAAGAGAAAAUAAAAGUGCCCUCAAUUAUGUUUCAUCCCUUGUCUCUUUACUCUUCUUGUGGCCGUUAGUGUAAAGCUUAUAGUUAACAAUUAAAAAAUAAAUAAAAAAAAUAACGAAAGAGAAGAAACGUGAGACGAAAUUAAAUUUGAGCAUCUUUUUUGAGCAUCUUAUUUACGGCGCUGCUAAAACGAGGGUAAGGGUAACACCAAGGGUAAGGGUAAGGGUAAGGGUGGGGGUGGGGAUAAGGGUAAUAUAAUAUGCCAGAUGAUGAUUAAUGACAGGGAAUUAAUGACAAUAUGCCGCCUUAACAGUCACCCUUACCCUUAAACCCCACCAACCCCCUCCACCCCCACCCCCACCGUUACCCUUACCCCUACCCUUACCCCUGGUGUUACCCUUACCCUCGUUUUAGCAACGCCGUAUUAUUUACGACGCGCCAGACAAGCAGACGCAUUUGAUAACCAGCAAUGUUAACCGUCUCUAAUCGGAUUCAAAUCCCUUCCAAAACGACUCAUAAAGACACAGGAACAAAGGAAAAUGCAUCUUAUUAUUUUAUUAGCUUAUACAGCGUAAAUACAUCGAAUUUUUUUCUACUACAAUACAGCGUUCGGGUUCCCUGUGGAGCAAAAUUGGAAAUAGUCGCCUUCCACGAAUGAUUAGCCUCCCACGCAGGCGUUUUUAGGGGAGCUCGUUUUUCAUUCAUGGGGAGGGAUGAAAAACGAGCUCCCCUAAAGACGCCUGUGUAUGAGGCUAACGAAUGAUCGUCUUGCCUCGUUUUGGCAAGAAAAAAGAAAUAAUCGCCUCCGGAAUGGUAGGGGACCGUGACUUGGCUGAAUGACGAUGUAUGAUGUUAGCAAUUUAUGCACCAAUAGAUAAGUAGGGAACGUCACGCUUCAUCGCAGGGACUGGCUUCAACCGGAAAAAAUUCAACAGCUCGAUUCAAGCACUGCUCACGAAACAAUUUAUCACGUCCUGUUUUCCUGUAAUUCAAAUGACAGAAGGCGAAUAGAGAUCAUCAAAAUACUGGGACGUUUUGGGCGCGAACAUUUCAUUAACUUUUACUGACGAUCCAGAUUUGCUAGCCGACUAUAUUUCCAAUUUUAAGACGCGACCAGAUGACGUGUUUGUAGUUUCAUACCCUAAGUCAGGUUUGUGCCGUUUAUCAUUAUAUCAGGCACCUUUCCCAGUAUAGCCAGCGUAAGAACUAGAAAAAAAGAAGAAAGAACAAGAAAGGGUCGGUCAUAAAAGUAAACUAAUUCGGCUGCCCCUUUGAGGGUCAAAUGUCAACAUCACAACAGCACAAGUGACUUCACAGCGGUCAACGAGUGACAUUUGCAAAAGUUAAGCGAAAUACUUCAAAGUUAAGGUUGCUACUUUCACUAUCGAAAGUUUAAGGUAUUACCAACAUCCUGUUAGUUUACUAAACGUUUUUAAAGUUUACUAAAAAAGUUCUAAGUGAUUGAAAACCGAUGCUGACGUUGUUAUCGGCGCCAUUUUCAAACAUGAUUCUCUUUUAGGGCGAAGCGUUGUCAGCGAAAAAAGCUCAAAAUUUUGAGAAAAAUGGAAAUAUAGUUAUGCUGACUAACAGAUUUAUACAUCUUUGCCCAUUUUUCUCUAACUGGUAAAUGAAAUCCCAGCAAUAAAAAACAAAAAUAACGAUUUAGACGUUUGACCGCGGUGGUACAAGUGACGAACCUAAUGAGGCCCUCUUGAGAGGGGGGAGGGGUAGGGGACCAUGUCACUGUCAGUGUUUUAUUAUUGUGUUUGGACUUUUCUCUGUCGCUGUCGCAAAUUUUAACCCAUCUUUGUGUCGUUUAAUUUGUCGCCCUUUCUGCCGUUCUAUGUCGCUGCUUCACGGCCAUCUCGCUUGUGGGAAUUUAACCUAACAGGGCCUCCCUAAUGCUACAAAUGAACGAGAAUGCAGUCAAAGCUCUCGUAUGGGAGCCACCCUCAUAACCAUGACCCUCAGCAGAUCCAUAAACUUGGUCGCAACUAGCUACAACCAGUUGCAAAAGUACUUGAGACACUGUACCGUAUUUUGGGAUAAAUGGCCUGUCCAUGAUCUUGUGCUUGUGAUCCCCCCUCCACCCCUUUUCAAAGUUGCUAGCAAUACAAGACCAUACUCAAAACUUGGAGGAACAACUUUGAAUGGGAGGGAGGAGGGAGGUCAGUAUUAUGUUUUACAGACCUGUGACUAGGAGCGAUUUGAAGCAAGAAAGGUCGUUUUUCCGGGGGAGUGUCUCAUCAUUUUUACAACUGGUUGUAGCUAGAGCUGGACUUUACAAGAAUUGUCCAUCGACCCUACUGUCAGUGAUAAACUUAUUGAAGGCUCAGGUGGAAAUUUGGACUGAAUGGAAAGCGUCCCUACAGGACGACCUGAUCCGGAUUCCAAUCAUUAGCGGGAUUCUGGAUUCCUAGAGCUGAAUUUCGGAUCCAAAUUAAAAAGGCCAGGAUUCCGGAUUCCAUACGAAAAAAUUAGCGGACUCCGGAGUCUUAAAUACAGUGAAACCUCUAUUAACCGGACACCUUCGGGACCUUCCGUCAAGUGUCCGCUUUAGAGGUUUGUAAAAAUUGCGCAAUGUUUUUCAACGGUUACUCUGCACUGUGAUAAAGUUCCAUGUUGUUGAGGAAGCUUAGCAAACUAUUAAAGGAAGAUGUACUUUGUGCAAGACUUUUAGGUAAACUUUAAUUGUGGAUGACAAUCAUAUGGCCGGAUAUCGGCAUACAGUUUAUCGACAGCUAAAUGUAUUGAUUUGUCUUAGUUUAUUAAUCGACUACAGUACGUAGUUCAAGGACGUAAUCCAAUACCACUAUUGUCAAUUCAGUCCGGUGUCGGCUUAAUAGAGGUUUCAUUGUAUUUUACAUGAGGUGAGAUUGAGGCAGAAUCGUUUGACAACUCUCUCGAUUAUUUACUUCUUUGUUACUCGAUCAUUGUUUCUAGGUACAACUUUGGUACAGGAAAUUGUCUGGCAAAUCUACAACGAGGGAGCAAUCAGCAGUGAAAAGCAAAUGUUUCGUUUCCCAUUCUUUGAAGAUUCCGCGUGCAAUGCUAACAAGCAGUUUCUUGUUGAUUUUAAAACUCUACCAAGUCCUCGCCUGAUAAAGACCCACCUAACCCACAACACUACUCCAAGAAGUGCGAAUAAAGAUGCUCAAUGUAAAUACAUUUACGUCGCUCGGAAUCCAAAGGAUGUGGCAGUGUCAUAUUUUCAUUUCGCGGAGCACUUAAAAAAGAUUGGAAUGAGUGAUUUCAAUGGCCCAUGAGAAUUUUGGUGCAAGUUGUUUAUAGAAGGAAAUGCAGGUAAGUCAGUCAAAUAUAUCAGAACAAAAACUUUUGUCGCAUUUUUAGGAAGAAGCACUUCUUAAUCCCGGUUUCCAUAGCGAUUAUAUUGAAACCACUCUUCAGCGAUCGAUCGUUUUCUAUCUCAUAUGAUGUCUUAAAAGCUAUAAUUUUUUAAAACCCACCCGGUCUCUUAUUCUAAAUAUCUCCAGUAAAAUAACUCAGGUAAGUUAGUCUCGGGGAUUAUUCAAAAAUAUUGGCCUCGCCUUAAACGAAUAAUCGUCAAAUAUAGGCAUUAUAUAAAAUGUAACUAACCAAAGACGACAAGUCCAAAGACUACUGCAAAGCUGAUUCAUAACAACGUGUAUUGUUUUUUUAUAACAAUAUUUCGGCUGGCCAUACCAGCCUUCUACAGGGUUUACAGAAAGCUAGUAUGGCCAGCCGAAAUAUUCCCUCUGACUCUUCCAGUGAAGUCGAAGCUGUAUCAGCCAUGCAGAAGUGCAUCUGCAAUGUCCGAGCAUGGAUGAGGGAGGAUCAGCUGAUGCUCAAUGAUGACAAGACUGAGUUCCUGAUUGUAGGUACUCGUCAGCAGCUCUCAAAAGUUUCAAUCCAAAGCAUCAAGAUUGGGCAGACUGAAGUCUCUCCUGUGGCCUCUGCGCGCAAUUUAGGCACAUGGUUCGAUACGCAACAAAUAACAAAUAGCUAAUUAUAUAAAAAACACUUUUCUGUUUAUAGAUUAUGAUCUCAACAUUUUUUGAUGACGUCAACUCUAGGAAAUUCUGACGUCACUUGCUCCUUACCAGCUACAAAUAAACUAUGACAUCAUCCUAUCUACAUGACAUGCAUGACGUCAGCCAGCUUAAAAUAAACUAUGACAUCAUCCUAUCUUAAUAGCAUGCGUGACGUCAUCGGCGUUAUUUAAAGUAUGACAUCAUCCUAUCUUAAUGAGAUGCAUGACGUCAUCUGCGUUAAUUUAUACCACUCAAAAAGUUAAUUAAAUCCACAAAGAAAAGGUUAAAUUGGUGCCUUAUCCACUACUCGCAUCUAGGUAUGGGAACUCACAUUACAAAGACUUGUAGCAGCGCUUUCUAUUAUUUAUACAAUAUGCGUCAUACUAGGAAAUAUUUAUCCAGAGAAUCAACUGAAAUUAGUUCAUGCUUUUAUCAGUAAUAGAUUGGAUUAUUGUAAUAGCCUUCUGUAUGGAAUCCCGGAAUAUCAGACUAUGAAAUUGCAACGUGUUAUGAAUGCGAGUGCAAGACUUAUAUAUCGUGCGCACAAGGUCUGUCAUAUAACACCUCUACUCGCAGAAUUGCAUUGGUUACCAGUGCGCUCCAGGAUACAUUAUAAGAUACUCUUGAUAACUUUUAAAAUUUUGCGUGGCCUAUCACCUAAGUACCUUUCAGAUUUAAUUAGUAUUCAACAGCCUUCGUCCUACCAUUUGAGGCCCAGCGACAAUGGUCGUUUGUUGGAAAGACCAAGUGUGAAAACCGAGAAAACAUUGGGAGACAGAGCUUUCCAGGUAGCUGCUCCUUUCCUGUGGAAUAAGCUGCCAAGGUCCGCGCGCGAGGCAACGAACUUAGAAUCUUUUAAGACUUUAAUUAAGACAUUUUUAUUAAAGGAAUCAUUUCUGUCAGUUAUCUUAUUAUAUCUAUAUCUUUAUUUGUAAUUAUCUUUUACUCAUUUAUGUAAAUAUUUUUUAUGAUUUUGAUAGGAAGAUUUGUAAAAUUUAGUUAUUAAUUACUAUUGUGAUGCGCUUUUGAAUAUUUUAUAGAAAAGGCGCAAUACAAAUAAUAAAUGUUAUUGUUAUUGUUAAAUAUUGUUAUGAAACAACAAUACACGUUGUUAUGAAUCAGCUUUGCAGUAGUCUUUGGACUUGUCGUCUUUGGUUCUUUAUAUUUUGGCUAAUUAGAUCUCUUUUCUAGAGAUCCAACGUUUUUAACUAGCAGGAUCUUCGUCCACGGUUUUUGCAGUUAAUUUAAUCCUUUAUUAUAUAAAACAUAGCCUGCGUAGCAGGCGUCGAAAGGGGUAGGGGAUAGCGAGGAAGGAGGGGAGGGGCCACGCAGGCUAUAUAUUCACACCAUAAUGCCAGUUUUGUUUUGUGAAGUUAACGCCUGGAAUGAUCAUGUUCUUGGUUGGUGGAAACAUAAGGAUGAUCCUAAUGUCGUGUUUCUCAAAUAUGAAGAUUUGCACAAGGUAAUGUUCUCUUACAAUAAUAACUCGAUAACUCUUCGCUCGGUGGCUAGUUUGAUAUAUUAUACUCCUGCCGGAGAUUGAAUCCUGAGUAUGUAAGGGAGUGGAGGGAAGUCAAGACAUAGAGGAUAUUACACGGUGGCGCGAAGAUAUGAAUUUUAUUUUCGAUUGGCAAAACAGUAUUUUACGAACGAGCGCAGUGAGUGAGUAAAACAUUGUUUUUGCCACGAGAAAAUAAAAUUCAAAUCUUCAAGCUGCCGUGUAAUGUUCUUUCUAUUAUACAGACAAAAAGACAUCGAUAAAAUAAUAGAUUUUUAAUCGCCAAAAAGUAAUGUGACGGCUCAAAUUUACAGUACAGCAAUAUAAGGCAUUGUUUACAAUAAUAUUGAGAAGUAACACUGAGAUGAAUAGGGCUCUACAUUGACAAAAUAUAAGCAGCUUUGAAAAAUGUGUACGUAAAAUUCAGAAAAAGGAGAUGUAAGAAAAUUUCUGAGGGAAAUUACCGAAAUUACGUCAUCAAUAAACUCAGGUGUGAGAUUAUGGAAAAUAAACCACUCGGGGUCCGGAUGUAGUUUUUUAUAAAUGUUACGAGUGGUAUAUUUUCCAGUAAAACACUCGUGUCUAUAUAAUAAAAGACAAUAUUUAAUAUUUAUAUUUCUUUCUUUCUCAGGAUCAACUCGGGAAGAGUUUGGUCGGGGCAUUCCACUUUGGGCUAUGCUCGAUUUCCCGGGGGGUACUCCCUAUAAUUGCCUGUACGGGGAGGCUCCACCCGAAAGGGGUGCCUUUUUUACGCGUCAGGUAUAUAAAAGGGUAGGGAUUUCACUAGUAAGUUCGCAAGAAAUCAAGAGGGUUGGACCUCGGGGCGGAGCCCUCCCCGUAUAAAACUUUGUUGAAUAUCCCCCCCCCCCGCUCAAUUACCAGCCGCUGUUUGAGAAAUGUGAGAGCGGCGGAAAUAGAGCCUAACUUUGGUUACAAUUUUAGAAGGCCUUGCAAUGGAAUGAUUUGCUUUUGUAGGAAAAGGCCAAUAUGUAAUGAAGAAUCUCUUUGAGGAUUUUGAAACGCUCGAAUAGUCAAGAUAAUAUAAUGAAUCGAAGUACAAAUCUCGACUAAACACGUCCUGCGAGAAAAGUAGUGUUUGCUUCUCUCAAAUUUAUUCUUUUAGAAUCUUGGGGAGAUAGUUGAUAAUAAACGUUUUUAAUCUUUAAGUUAUCUAAGUCAUCCAUAAUGAACACCCCGGCCGAAAAUAUGGAUACCGCGACCUUAAACUACGACCGCGUUAAAAAGAAAUAACUGUAUAUGUCUAUGGAAGAGUUUCUAGGGGAUUACAUCCCUGUCCGGGACUCAGAUCGUUUUUCUUUGUCCCCUACGUAACAUCGCAAAUUUUGAAAGCAGUCAAGUGCUGUUUGAUUAGAACUAAAAUUAAUUAAGAGCUUCUGCCUGAGAGACCGGGGCAGGCUUGGAAAUAGGGGUCGGCCGAUUUGGCUCAAAUUUGGUACACUUAGUUACUAUGGAGACUUAUGCAAUAUGCCAAAGUUUCAGCUCCAUUGCUCUUAUUUGGGCUGAGUUCUAGAUGUUACCCUUUUUGGGGUCCCCGAAUGCUUUUUUUAUAGCCUAUUUUGGGCACUUUUCAAUACUUUGAUUACAAUAUCAGGGAUAUUUUAAGCCAAAUAUAAACUCACUUUUUAUUAUUUCUAUCCCUAAGGGUCUUAUAGCAAAACAUAUGGAUCAAAGAAAUAUUUCUGUUGUCUGUGAAAUAAUUGUUAAGUUAAUGCUCUUAAAGACAUUUUUAGUGAAACUGAAAAUAACCCAAAUUUAAGUCGGAUUUACUUGAGUGCCCACUUUUGAAAUAACACAAUUCCGACAUGAGCAGAAAGUUUAGCCCUAGGUAUGUAAAAAACAAGGAGAAAAUACUAAGGUUACGGCUUUUUCACUGUGCGGCCUCGCUUUGAAGAUGCUAAUACAGCCACUUCCGGUCUAGUCAUUUCCCCCUUAUAAUAAGGCUUAUAUAGAGCAUGUUAGCCAAAACCUUUCCAAUAACCUACCUAAAUAAUACUAUAUGUAGCACGUUUACUUUCUAAUUCCACCUGAACGUUAAAAUUGGCAAGAUAUGAAAAUCUACUUCAGGAGAAAGUCACUUCCGGUCCAACAGUCCACAUUGGAGGAUUUUUAUUAAAAGUGGUAUUUUUAUGUUCACAAUGAAAUCUCAAAAAGCUGUUUAUGUAUCUUUAUGCCUAUAUGUUUUUCAAUUUUUCAUAGUCUAUUGAGGAAAACAACAAUUUUUUUUGUAGCGACAGCAAUCAAAACUCGAUCGCAUGUUGAAUCCCAGUUUGUUGACAAAAUAUAUUAUGAGGAUGUUUUUUAAAACAUCUCUACUGGCGAAUAUAUGCAAGGCAAAUAUUUCCCUUUGGUGAAAGAGUGACGCCAUUUUAAAUUGUUAUUGAGUAAAAAGUGUUUGUAGUAAAAAGAAAAAAACCCAAAACCCAUAAUUAAACCUGGGCCUUUACAUUCAUUUCAUGUUAACUCUCUCCCCAACCACUUCACUACCACAUCGUUCCGCGAGCAACACAAACUGUCCUUGCCCCCUAGCGAUGACUUACGUCUGUAUUUCACAGAAUUUGACAUUUGUUUUUGUUUCCAGUGAGCCAAUAUUCCCCAUGACUCACACCUGAUUACAUGACUUGUUGCUCAUCUCACCUGCUUUGGGCACAGGCAGCCCAAGGUCGUGAUCUGAGAGCGAUAUAGCAUUUGUUUUUGUUUGUUUGUUUGUUUGUUUGUUUUUUAUCGUAUAUUUCCAUCUAGGUUCCGCGAAAGCUAGAAAAUGUCCAUAAAUUAAAUAGUUUCAUUGGCCUUCAGCUCUAGGUGUCUUUGUAACUUCGAUAAUAAGUAGGCACAAACAGAGGAUGGGCGCGGGGGGCGGGGGAGGGUGAGCUUUACACGGCUGCUCGUUAGUUUUGGUUUUGCUGCAGUCUUGUUUGUGAGAACAAAACGUCACUGCGCGAUACACCCAAAUUUGCUUAGAGCAAUGAUCUGAAGAGAUACAGCGUACUUUUCGCUGCAGUUUUUCACUUCAAACCCUUUUACAAGAAGUGGCAAGUUGGAAAAAUUAAAUUCGGGGAAACUGCACGUGAACUUGCUGCUCAUAAUUAAAUUUAAAAUCUUAUUUAAUUGCGUUAAUGAUGAAUUCUCAUGAUCAGUAUCUCUUGGCAGUCCUUGGAAAAGUAUAAAAUUGUACUACUGAGGUAGUAAAAACAAUGUCAUCAAUUCGAUGUUCUUUCUGGAGUAAUGAUGAUCUCUGUGGUGCUCGCGAUAAUUCAAAGUUGUGUGAGCCAGCCGUCAGUCUGCCUUUAGCAUCUCUAGACCGCGAUGUAACUCACCUUUUGAUUAAAGUUGGUGCUGGAGGCACCAAAACUUCAGCCUCGCACAGACUUCAACAUUUUCCUGAGUACAAACUAAUACUGAAUCAAGCUGGAAGGUGUGGUGUCGUGAAUGCGGAAAUCAAGAAGAUGACGAUUUGUCCGCGUCACCGCCGUAAAUUCACACGUUUACGAGAACUAACUGGACAAUGUCAACACCCUCUUCAUAAAGGUGAAAUUUCCAAAUUGAAAAAACCCAAGAAGGUGACAGCAGACAUUUCAGAGAGAAUAUACCAACAAACGAGGAUCGUGAUACCAAUCGCUGCCCGUAAGUAAUGCUGAACGUUUCUUGUUUGUCCUGAGUUAUUUUGGGAUAGCCUUGUAAUGAACAAAGUCAAAUUCUAUUUUCAAGAAUUCAAAUACCAUGGACCAUGGAAUAAACCUAAAAUCUGAUACAGUGCUCGUUUUUCUUUUCUUUCCAAAGCCAUUUGCAAGACCUGCUUUGACGAAAAGAUUCCAGAACUUCAUUUAACACCCGAAAGUGUAACUUCCAAAGAUCUAGAGGUAAUGUAAAUAUUGUAAUCGCACGUGUUCAAUCUCAAACAUACUGCAGUUGUCUUUCAGGGUGAAAAUAUCCUCAGCGCUGUUGUCCUUAACCUCAAAUACAGAUGAGUCAAAUUAACCGAGACUUUUCUUUACUCAAAUAAAAUAUUCCAGCGAUGAAAGGGGUGUGAAGCGCAAUACAACUCAUGACCCAAUGUCAACAAUUGCUAUUGCGUGACUAUUUGCUGGCAUUAGUAGUCUUCACAGUAAAGCCGAAGUAAGCUUAGAAAUAUUUUUCGAGACAAGUGAAUUUUAAAUACUUCAAGUAAAAUAAAGCUUGACACACAACCGAUUCUUUUUUACCUCAGGUUAACUUAAGGUUAUUUUCUCACGCAACGUAAUUAAGAUUGAUUGACAUGCUUUGCCUUUCCCAAAGCUCUCAAGUCCCUUGAGACUUUUGUUGAAUCGUUUCAACUUUCCGUCCUUAAUGAGAUGCAAAAUAAAAUUACUUGAGAUUUUACUUAGGCUUUCACACUCGCAUUUUGGGUUAAAUAAAACUUAGCAGCUCUUAAGAUAGACUGCGUAGCAGGCGCCGGUGAUUUUAGAGCGAAGGAAGAAAAUCUCGUGGACGCGCGUGUUCCCGCGGCCUGUCCAAGAAAAAACAGAAAAGAGAAGCCGACUCAUGCUAUGCAGGCUACAUCUCCGAAGUCUUACAUGACAACCUCGUGUAAAGACAACCACUGACAGAAAACCAGGUGCUUUUGUUUUGGGUCCUAGAUUUAAAAUUCCAAAUCGAACAUUGUAACGUUUUUAUCCUCUCUCAUCAGCUCUCACCUUUACAAUCAAUAUUUUAUUCUCAGGGCAGACAAGUUUUGUGUAGUGGAGGAGAGGAUCAGGAGGUGGAAGUAGUACUGAAAAACGUUGAUCAAGACAAAUCACUUAUGUCAGGUACCCACUGUCCGUCACUCUUAGAUUUUUCUCUGGAUUCAACUUUGGAAACAAGCUUUGAAUGUAGCCUUUACAUUGACGAAGCAGAAGAGUUGAAAAGAAAACGAUGCUUGCUAAGUGAUGCAAUUGUCCAAAUUUCUGAAGGUAGGGUAAGUCCAAUUCAAAGUACAUCGAGGUUACCAUGGCCUGAACUUGGUGAGCGGCAACAGGGUUAUUACGUGCGUAAGGCUAGAGAGGUUAUUGAAACAGCUUUCAACUGUCUCGCUCCUGGAAGUGAAGCCGAUUUGUGGUUUGCUACAGUGAAGUCCAUGCCGUUUUCUCAAUCAAAGCCUGACGACAUCGCAGAAAGGCUAGUGGAGGCUUACAAGUUAGCUGAUAACAGACACACCCGAAUGCAAAUACUAUCAUUGUUUGUAAAUGCAUUUAGCAAAAGCCAACUAAUGGAGAUUAUCCCAGGUAUUUCUAAACGACAAAUCGAUGAUGCCCGCAGACACGCCGACUUGAGAGGACCAGGAAAACCAAGCAAUGCUCCAGAAAUUAUUAGAGUGCGCCUUGAUGCAACGAAAACUGAUCACUUUCUAGAUUUUAUUUCUUCAUCUUCCCUUUUGCAAGAUGUAUCAUAUGGUACAAAGUCGUUGAAGUUGGAUAGCGGAGAGAAGCUUCUUAUACCAGCGGCAAUACGAACUUUGAUUCCAUCCCGAAUCAUCAAGCAAUACCAAAGCUACUGCGAGAGCGUAGCUUUUGAGCCAUACAGUGAACGUACACUCUUCCGGAUAUUGGAGGCAUGCUCUGCUUCAAAGCAGGUCUCGUUACAAGGACUUGAUUACAUCGCCACAGAAGGUGCGGAGGCUUUCGAUCAGUUGAAAUCCAUUGUAAACGUGCUGCAAGAUAACGGGGUCGAUGUCACCUGGGCAAAUUCUAUCAAACAGGAUCUAAAGGCUGGUAAGAGAUACCUCAAGACGGAUUACAAAACUCACACGGGCAGCAAAGAGAGAUGUAAAGAUCACUGUACCACGUUUUCGCUCAGUGAUCCGAAUAAUAGUGACUACUCUAGUUCAUGCAACCAUGAGCAUGAACUAUCCUGUCAUGAAUGUGCACGGCUUACUUGUUUAGUUGAAAAAAUCGAUGAGAAGUUAAAUGACAAGAACGUUUCCUUGACAGGAGAACAAAGGGCUAGAUCUCAGUAUGACCAUAAACAGGCCACAAAUUCCAUCCUCUUAUGGAAGGCGCAUUUGCUUCGCACAGUAGUCCAGGAAAAGGCUAAGCAAGACGUCCUAACUAACCUUAAUAAAGAAAGCACCCUUUUGAUCAUGGACUGGGCAAUGAAAUUUCUGCCAAUGAAGUUCCGCGAAAGGAUGGACGACUUCUAUGGUAAGCGUGGGAGAAGCUGGCAUGUGACCUGUUCGAUUAAGAGAGCUAGCAAAGAUGAGGACAGAGUUGAGGUGGACACAUUUGUUCACAUCUUUGACUCCUGUACCCAGGAUUGGUUCAGCGUUGCGUCAAUAGUCGAACACGUUCUUAGCGUAAUUAAGAUGGAAGACCCAUCCAUCACCAAAUUUUUCCUACGUUCUGAUAACGCCGGUUGUUAUCACAACACUGAGCUUCUCUUGAGUCUCAAAGCCAUGGGCGAAAGACAUGGAGUGGAGUUUAAGCGCUAUGAUUUCUCUGAUCCGCAAUCGGGCAAAGACGUUUGCGACCGUAGAAUUGCCUCGAUGAAAACCCACAUGCGACGGUGGGUAAAUGAGGGCCAUGACAUCACUACUGCGGAAGAAAUGAAAAUUGCACUUGAAUCUCAUGAAGGCGUUAGGGGAUGUCGUUUUGCAGUCGUUGUAAUUGAUAAAUCGACCCAAAAUUCACAGGUGAAAAAGAUCCCAGGUAUCAGUUACCUGAACAAUUUUAUGUUCUUUGAUGAUGGUAUUCGGGCAUGGAAAGCAUAUCAGAUUGGGGAAGGUCAUUUUUAUCCGUAUUCUUCCCUUACAACCAAUGCUCAAGGAGCUACAGCAAUAAAAGUUCUUAAUCCGUUUUCGUCACCAUCUAAUUGCUCUGGGGCUUCAGUGGCUGGACAUUCCUCCAUUUCGCCCGGCCUGUUCUCUUGUGAGGAAGAAGGAUGUGUUAAGAUGUUUUCUACCUACAAAGAACUUCAGUAUCAUUUAGAUGCGGAACGCCAUCUCUUCGUGGAGGAGCAAGACACUGCGUACGAUGUCAUCAAGAAAAAGUGGGCCAGCAUCUUAUCAAACGUAAGCUUACAGAAACAGCGCACUUUUCCAUCAAUGCAGCCUGGUAAUGAAGGCGUUUUGGAUUGCCAAGAAGCAGUUGAGGGAUGGGCGCUUAAGACCGUCCAAAAGUCAAGCCGGAUGUCUGAAGACGUUAGAAACUACUUAAUCCAAAGGUUCAAUGAUGGAGCAAAGACAGGCAACAAAGCAGAUCCAAAACAGGUUGAACAUGAAAUGAAACAUGUAAGAAACACGACUGGUGGCUUAUUAUUCCAACCUUUUGAGUGGCGUACCUCAAAGCAGAUUGCAAGUUUUUUCUCAAAUCUCUCAAAGUCUCAGCGUGCAAAGAACAUUGAUGAAGGAAACCAUGGUAUUGAAACUGAGGAUGAGGAGACAAACAUCCAGGACAAAAACUUACAACUGUUGCAGCUUGUCAUAGAAAGUCAGGUACAGGCAGAUCACCCAAUUUUGUUCCAGGGGCAUAAUUUAUGUCAUCUAGCUACAGAGGGAAAGAUCAAAACCCUUCGACUAGAUACACUGAAAAAGGCAUGUUUGUCGCUGGACGUAGAAGUUACUGGAUCCAAAGCAAGGAAGGACACUUUUGCUCUUGCACUAGACAAGUACAUCUGCACCCACCGAUCUAAGAGCUGCAAAUACUGUCAUGAUAGGUGUUGAACAUUGUUAAUGCAAUUACUUAAAGACGUUAACAGUCACCCUAUUACGCAUAGUGAGUUUUAAUGGAUAAAAAGCAAGGAAAAUAUGUUCAGAAUUCUUGUUGAAUUUGACUGGUGUUCAUGAACAAUGAAAACAGUGUUAAGCUAUAACAGCGCCUUUUUACCGUCAUAAGUUUUCAAAAUUCCUUUGCUCGAUCAGCUUUCACCAGGCUUGGAAGGGUGAGUUUUUUGUUUUGAAAUACGCUUUUCUGUAAUUUUCACCCAUCCACAAAAGGAAGCCAGAAUUAGAUGAAGUGAUGCAAUCUGAGAGAAUAUCUAUAUUUAACCAACUUUAGUUUUAAGUGCAAUUAGAAAUAUGUGCAAAUGAAAGAGCUCCAAACAGAUUUUUUGAAUAUAAAAAUGCCUCACUUAACCAUCCUCUCAUGUGAACUGUUGGACCGGAAGUGACUUUGUGAGCAUCUCCAGCCGUACAUAUUCAUAUUUUGCCAAUUUUAGCGUUCAGGUGGAAUAAGAAAGUAAAAGUGCUACAGACAGUAUUAUUUAGGUUAAGUUAUCGGAAAGUUUUGGCCAAUAUACUCGAUAUAAGCUUAAUUAUAAGGGAAAAAAGACUAGACCGGAAGUGGCUGUAUUAGCAUCUUCAAAGCGAGGCCACACAGUGAAAAAGCCGUAACCUUAGUAUUUUCUCCUUGUUUUUUACAUACCUAGGGCUAAACUUUCUGUUCAUGUCGGAAUUGUGUUAUUUCAAAAGUGGGCACUCAAGUAAAUCCGACUUAAAUUUGGGUUAUUUUCAGUUUCACUAAAAAUGUCUUUAAGAGCAUUAACUAAACAAUUAUUUCACAGACAACAGAAAUAUUUCUUUGAUCCAUAUGUUUUGCUAUAAAACCCCCUAGGGAUAGAGAUAAUAAAAAUUGAGUUUAUAUUUGGCUUAAAAUAUCCCUGAUAUUGUAAUCAAAGUAUUGAAAAGUGCCCAAAAUAGGCUAUAAAAAAAGCCUUCGGGGACCCCAAAAAGGGUAACAUCUAGAACUCAGCCCAAGUAAGAGCAAUGGAGCUGAAACUUUGGCAUAUUGCAUAAGUCUCCAUAGUAACUAAGUGUACCAAAUUUGAGCCAAAUCGGCUGACCCCUAUUUCCAAGCCUGCCCCGGUCUCUCAGGCAGAAGCUCUUAAAUAACUUUAAAAAAAAACUAACCAACUUCCUCUGAACCUCAAUGAAAAUUAAAUCUAAAAAAUACAACUGUCAUUCCUCCUCCUAGGAUCUACCGCCCCAUGUACGAAUAAUUGCGAAUUUCCUGAACAAGCCGCUCUCAGAUGAACUCAUCAAUCGUAUUGCAGAGCAGUGCACUUUCAAGGGAAUGAAAGAAAAUGAGAAGAGCUACAAGACAAGGGACGACGUUCAGAGUUCGCCGUUGUUACGGAAGGGCGUGGUCGGAGGUUGGAAGAGUUACUUCACUCCAGAACUGAAUGAGAGAUUUGAAAAGGAAGUGUUGGGAAAAAUAAAAGGAACUGGAUUGGAGUUUGAUUUUGAGAUAUAG